AUGCCAUUUGGCCUCCGAAACGCCUCACAGACUUUCCAACGUUUCAUUGACCGUGUUUUACAGGGCCUUCCUUUUGUUUAUGCGUAUAUUGAUGAUGUCCUUGUCACCAGUCGAGAUGUCGAGGAACAUCUCCAACACCUUACUCUGCUUUUCGACCGAUUUCAGCAGUUUGGUGUCACCCUGUAUCCUGUCAAAUGUGUCCUAGGAGCCAUUUCUGAUGAGUUCUUAGGUCACCUGAUAGACUCAAGCGGCAUUCGGCCUCUCCCCUCUAAGGAUGCCGCCAUUGGAGACUUUCCACUUUCUACCUGGAAGCGUCAGUUGCAACGGUUCCUUGGUAUGGUGAACUUUUAUCGUCGGUUUCUCCCGAACUGUGCUGAUACCAUUCAACCGUUGACCAGUCUCCUCUCAGGUUCUAAGCUCAUCUUUGAACUUACACCAGCAGCACUCACGUCAUUUGAGCAGGUAAAAGCCCUUCCGACUGAUGCCACCCUCCUGACUCACUUUCAUGCUGAUGUAUCCAUAUCUCUGAUGGUUAAUGCCACCAAUGUUGCUGUUGGCGCGCUUCUUCAACAAAGUCUGCCAGAUUCUACCGUGCCUUUGACUUUCUUCUCCAGGAAACUAUCCAAGACCGAAACCCACUACAGCACAUUCGGAUGUGAACUUCUCGCCGCUUAUCUUUCCGUAAGGCACUUCCGGCAUUUAUUCGAAGGUCGAGAGUUCACAAUUUUCACAGUUCAUAAGGCACACACCUUCGCUAUGCAUUCCCACUCUGACAAACUAAACCCCCGGGAGAUACGCCACCAGGACUACAUUUCGCAGUUCACUGCGGACAUCCGCCAUACUGACGGGUCACGGAAUGAGGUGGCUGACGCACUGUCCAGGCCCUCUAUCGCUCACCUUCAGCUUUCACCCGCGAUCGAUCUCACUGAGAUGGCCACCUAA